AUGGGCUGCAUAGGAUCCCGGACAAUCACAGCGGAUGCGGUGCCAGUGCGGAAGGAUGGGGAUCAGUUGUCCAUGGAGGACACUACUUCCAUUCUGCCCCGUCUCAAGAUGAAGCCCAACAACACCUAUGGGAUCGGUGCCCUGGCUAAGUCCUCUCUGUCAGGUGUGUCAGGUGUAACUCGCUCCAUGAAAGACAAAGUGACCAAGCCCACGGCCAUGGCCCAGGGUCGCGUUGCCCACAUGAUUGAGUGGCAGAGUUGGGGUAAACCAACUGCAGGGCCGCAGGGGGUCAUUGGACGCACCAACCUGCAGCGGGAAAAGGAGAGGAGGAUGGAGAACGAUGCAUACAGCGACCUGAGCGACGGCGAGAAGGAAGCUCGCUUUGCUGCAGGCAUUAUGCAACAGUUUGCAAUCUCUGAAGCAACUCUGUUUGGCUGGAACUCAAUGGACGGGGAGAGUAUGGGAGCGGGCUCCAACCAAGGCAGCGUUGCUCACCUAAGUGAGGUCAACCAGGAGAGCAUCACCAGCAGAGACCAGGUGCUCCAUCACUCCUCUGCAGAUGUGUGGCCUCACACCUACGUCUCACAAGGCCUGUACUGCCUGUCGUCCUCUGAUGCCUGGGACCCCAUCACCAGCCAGCCCUCGGGCGUGGCCUCACCUGCUGCCAGCUCCUACAUCAUGGCUGCCGGUGGCGGCAGCGGAGCGGGGGGUACGCCCGCUGAUGGGUAUGAGGGGACGGUGGGAGGUUACCUUCAACAGCAGCACCAGGCUCACCUGGCUUUCCAGCAACAGAGUCAACUUCAGCAGCUCCAUCACAUCCAUCACUACCAGCAGCAUCAGCUACUGCAGUACCAACAACAGCAGCAGCCUAUGGAGCACAGGCUACACAGUGCAUCUCAUUCCCUCCAAGCCACUCCCAACAGCACCAUCCACAGCCUCGGUCCUCCCACUCACCCUCGGCUAGUUGACCUGUGGGGGACCGCACAGGUUGAGGCACAUCAGGUGGACAUAAUCGGGCAGCUGAAUGCACAGAUGGUUGACAUGGCUGGAGGGCUGGUGGAGACAGUUGGAGAAGAGCCAGAACCUGAGUCUGGAGGGAUCCCUGAGCAACAUGAAGAAGAAGAGGAGGAGCUGACCAGGGUCGAGGAAGUAACAUUAACUUUGGAGCCAGAGCCAUGCUCUCUGACACCAUCCCCACUGAGGGAGGAAGCCCCCUCCACCAGAGGUUCCAGCCCAGGACUACCAGCACACACCGCCGAAUCCAUUGCAGAGAGAAUACCAUUUGAUGUCACGCCCUGCAUCGUCCAGUCGUUGGAAGAAAAAGACGAGGAGGGGGAGGAGGGUUCCAUUGUCAUAGUUGCGACCAACUGA